CCACAAAAAAAAAAAAAAAAAAAAUGUGCUUCUGAUAUAAACAAAACAUGUCAGCCUGCCAUCAGGUAAGAAAAAUGAACCUCCAGGGAUUGACAGCGGCCCAGAGUCCCUCUGCUUCUCUCUGUUGGGCUGGCUGGUGCUUCUCAGGGAAGUGGACUGAUUUUUAGGGCCUGAUAGGAGUUCUCCAAAAGUGGGAACUGGGCCUUCCCUAUCAGCGUGGGGCUCUCCAAGGAUGGAAACCAUGCUCCUCUCUCAGGUUGAAAGCACCUGGUGGCCCUGGGGAGUCUUGUUUCUUUCAGCACAGCUGUUCCAGGAUUCAGUGGAACUCUGCAGAAGGUGGAUGUCCUGGUAGCAGGACCUCAAUGUGGGGCAGUGAUGGAGGAAGAUGUGGCAAUCAGGGACUGCAUGUGACUGGAGACCAGAGAGACAGGACAAAGUCCCUGCUACCCCAGUCAGGUGGGACCGUCCGUGGAGCAGACACCAGGAUGCCCCAGGGGUGUGGCUGACCGGCCGUCCAGACGCAGCCCGGCCUCGGCCCGCAUGCCGCCGCCCCGCGAGGACCGCUCCCAGAGGGCCACCUGGGGCCCCGCGCUCGUGGUCUCCUGACCAACCAGGAGCCCCCAGCAGCCCGGUCCCGCCUGGCCGCCCUGAGGGCGGAAGCGCCACAAGGCGGUGGAGGGACCCUGGGGAAGGGGCUUCGCGGCUGACUGGAAACAUUUUCCCCAAGAGGUUACGCAAAAUGACCAGCUUGUUCCGCCGGAGCAGCAGCGGCGGCGGGGGCGGCACGGCCGGGGCGCGCGGGGCUGGGCCCGGGGGCGGCGCGGCCGCUGCUGCCCCGCAGGAGCUCAACAACAGCCGGCCGGCCCGCCAGGUGCGCCGCCUGGAGUUCAACCAGGCCAUGGACGACUUCAAGACCAUGUUCCCCAGCAUGGAUUACGACAUCAUCGAGUGCGUGCUGCGCGCCAACAGCGGCGCGGUGGAUGCCACCAUCGACCAGCUGCUGCAGAUGAACCUGGAGGGGGGUGGCGGCAGCGUCUGUGAGGACAGCUCCGACUCUGAGGGCAGCAUCCCCCCUGAGAUCUUGGAAAGGACUUUGGAACCUGAUAGCUCCGAUGAAGAGCCCCCGCCUGUGUACUCCCCACCAGCCUACCACAUGCACAUGUUUGACCGACCUUACCCUCUGGCUCCCCCCACGCCACCUCCCCGGAUUGAUGUCCUAGGCUCUGGACCCCCUCCAAGCCAGAGGCGCUAUCGGAACUGGAACCCACCACUGCUGGGCAACCUCCCCGAGGAUUUUCUCCGCAUCCUGCCCCAGCAGCUGGACAGCAUGCAGGGUAACCCCGGGGGCCCCAAGCCUGUGAGUGGAGAGGGAGGCCUGCCUGCCAUGGCUGGGCCUGGGCCCCGAGACCAGGAGAGCCGCUGGAAGCAGUACCUGGAGGACGAGAGGAUCGCGCUCUUCCUGCAGAACGAGGAGUUCAUGAAGGAGCUGCAGCGGAACCGCGACUUCCUCCUCGCCCUGGAGAGAGAUCGAUUGAAAUACGAGUCCCAGAAAUCCAGGUCCAGCAGUGUGGCUGUCGGAAAUGACCUCAGCUUUCCCUCUCCUGUGCCAGGAACUGGUGACGCCAACCCCGCGGUGUCUGAAGAUGCCUUAUUCAGGGACAAGCUGAAACACAUGGGAAAGUCCACUAGAAGGAAGCUGUUUGAACUUGCCCGAGCCUUCUCUGAGAAGACCAAAAUGAGGAAGUCAAAGAGAAGACACUUGUUGAAGCAUCAGUCGCUAGGGGCUGCCGCGUCCACAGCCAAUCUCCUGGAUGAUGUGGAGGGCCACACUUGCGAUGAAGACUUCCGUGGAAGGCGACAGGAGACCCCCAAGGUGGAGGAAGCUCUGCGAGAAGGACAGUAAGAGGUGCCAGCAGCUCCUCUCCGGAGAUGACGUGACCCCAUGGGGGCAGCCAGAGAGCAACACUGGCCCCCAUCUGAAGGGCCCAGCUGCAGCCAGAGAGAUGGUGCUUGAGAUCUAAGGCCUAGUGGUCUUCCGGCCACAGUCCAGCACAGUCACUGCCAUUUUCCUUGGGACUUACAGCUUCAGAGUUGCCAUCCUGCGAGAUCAGAGGAAGGAUCUGGAACUAGAGGCAGCAGCCAAUCACAGCCCCUUUCGUAGUCAAGCUUCCCUAUGGGCAAUGAGCGGAAAUGCAGGGAAAUGACCCCUCUUCUGAAAAAGAAAUCCAGAAAACUGGCAGAAAGUUAAGAGUAUGGGAAAGGGCAAGAUGACCCCUACCAGAUGCUCUGGUCUCCGCCCCCUUCCCCAUCUCUCCUGCUGCAGACUCUGCCCGCCCCCCCAGCCCCCAUUCUCUCCCUGGCCUCCUGCACCUUGGCCUCCCCCCAACCCCCUGCUGCCGACUCUCCGCACACCCCCUACCCACAGUGCCCGUGGAGAUCCCAGGGCCCUUACGAGCACCCUCUGUCAGGGCUGCCUGGCCCCUGCAGCCUCUUCUUCACCCGGCAGGGAUGGGGCGGGUGGUCACCCCAGAGCUGGAGGAGUUGGGCUAGGCAGGAUUUUUAGUUUGGCAGAGGAUAAAGCCAGUUCCGGAGUAAUGCCACAGUGUGGGCCCACAGGGACUCCUGCUCCCAGCUGGACUGGAAGUCAAGCCGACCUACAGGGUGGCAGCGGCGGGUUCUGGAGUAACCCUUGGGGAAGGUGGAGGGCGCGAGAGCAAGGAGAGGGGGCUGUCCGCUUGGGUGGGAGUGCCUGGAGCAGAAGGGCUUGCUGGGUGCCCUUUGAAGAGCGAGGUGCUCUGAGGAGGAAAACUCCUCCGACUCUACGAACACUAACCCGGCACCAACCACUGCCAAGGGCGAGGAGGCCGCUGCGCCUCUCGGCCCCGCCCUCGCCUGGGAGCGCGCGGGCCCUGCCCGAGGGCUGGGCAGCCGGCUGGGCUUGGGAGUGGGAUCGGCCCUGGCGAGGCCCCGGUGGCCCCGAGUGAGUGAGGCCGUGGUGCAGGCGAGGCGGUGACCUCACCUCGUCUGCCCCCUCUUGUCCCCGCCCCAACUCCCCAGAGCCGGGACGCGCCGCCGCCGCGGAGCGCGACCAAGUUUGGAAGCGCGCGCGGGGCUGGGGACGCUGGCCCUCCGCUGCUCCCCGCGGCCAGGCUGUGGUCGGUGGAGGGAGGGAGAGGUCCCCAAGGAGCCCCCCGGGCCUCCCGCCCGAGCUCCAGAGGGGGCCGUGGCCCCGAUCGCGCCUCCCCGGCGCAAGGCGGGGGAGCCCCAGCCUCACGUCUGUGUGUGUUGCUUUGUUAAAAUUCCCCUCCUGUGUGUGGGUUUUUUCUUGGAGCUGUUUCAUAGGAAUUCCUGUAAUAAAGACUUGGUGUUCUCUU